AUGGGUCUACAUGAGCCCGAGAGAGUCGCAGUCAACCCCAAGAGUUUAGUUCCGACUGUCCAUGGGAUUCGACUCGUUCCAGUGGACCGUCUGCCGGAACUCCAUCGCUCGGUCUUCCCGUUUCCGCUCUUCAACGCUGUGCAGUCGAAGUGUUUUGACUCGGUAUACGAGUCCAGUGACAACAUUGUAGUUGCUGCGCCUACUGGAGCGGGAAAGACCGCAAUCAUGGAGCUCGCGAUAUGUGCUCUCUCCCGGGAUUUCAAGCCUAGCACAUACAAGGUGGUUUACCAGGCGCCAACGAAGGCACUGUGUGCGGAACGGAAGAGAGACUGGGAGAAAAAAUUCUGCCACCUGAGCCUCGGGGUUGUGGAACUGACGGGGGAUACUGACCAAGCACAGCUCUCAAGCGUGCGCAACGGCGAUGUGAUCGUCACUACUCCAGAAAAGUGGGACAGUAUGACCCGUAGAUGGGGGGACCACCGCAGAUUGCUGGACAUGGUACGGCUGUUCCUGAUCGAUGAGGUUCAUGUCCUGAAGGAAACACGUGGCGCAACACUUGAAGUGGUGGUAUCUAGGAUGAAAUCCAUCGGCUCCGAUGUCCGUUUCGUCGCAUUGAGUGCCACGGUUCCUAAUUCUGAUGAUAUCUGUACAUGGUUGGGCAGGAACUCUCUAGCACCGGACGAACCAGCCCAUCGUGAAACGUUCGGGCCAGAGUUUCGUCCUGUUCAGCUGGAGAAGCAUGUUUACGGUUUUAACUACCCGGGAAACGAUUUUCAGUUUGAUAGAGUGCUCGACAAGUCGCUCCCGGAUCUUGUCCAAAAACAUUCAGCUGGAAAACCUACGAUGGUUUUCUGCAUGACUAGGGCGAUAUGCGUAUCGACCGCGAAGCUACUCGCAGGGAAGUGGAAAGAAUGGAACAACAGACAGCAGCCCUGGAGAGCUCCGAAGAAGAAAUUCACCUUUGGGGACAGAGACCUGCAGUCUGUUGCUGAGUGCGGCGUCGCAUUCCAUCAUGCUGGCAUAAAUGCAGCAGACAGAACUCUGGUGGAGACUAUGUAUCUCGACGGUGAACUCAGCGUAAUCUGCUGCACCUCGACUUUAGCAGUUGGAGUCAACUUGCCAGCCCAUUUAGUCGUCAUAAAGAAUACGGUCUGCUGGUCCGAGAGCGGGGUUAAGGAAUACGUGGACCUGGAGAUCAUGCAGAUGCUGGGUAGAGCCGGUCGUCCUCAGUUCGACAAAACCGGUGUUGCUGUCAUCUUGACUGCAAAAGAGAAGAGAGAUCGUUACGAGAAGAUGCGUGAGGGAGCUGAGAUACUCGAGAGCAGAUUACACCUGAACUUUGUGGAGAAUAUGAACGCGGAAAUUGGUCUCACCACGAUCACAGACAUGGACACGGCUAAGCAGUGGCUUAAAUCGACAUUCUUGAAUGUCCGUCUUCAAAAAAACCCGCGUUUCUACAAACUUGACGGUCAAACGCAAGCCAAUAACUCGGAGCAGCGACUAGACGAGAUCUGCGAGAGGGAAAUUAGAAAUCUGGUAGAUGAAGGUAUGGUAACGGAUAAUGAUGGGAAGCUCACACUCACAAAAAAUGGGGACGCUAUGGCCCGAUACUAUGUCAAGAUGGGAACCAUGCAGUCUAUCCUCCGGAUGUCUCCGAAAGCUUCACUCCCGGACGUACUCAAGGUGCUCUCCCAAGCCGAAGAAUUCAAGGAGGUUAGGCUGCGAGCCGGCGAGAAAGGUCUUUACAAAGAGAUCAAUAAGAAUCUCGGUAUCAAGUUUCCAGUGAAAGAGGAUAUCUCCUCGUCAGCCCACAAAGUGGCCAUCCUCAUCCAGUUUGAGCUUGGGCUUCUGGAAUUCCCCGGGGAUCAGAACUUCCAGAGAAUGAAGACGAACAUGACACAGGACAAAAACAUGGUUUUCAAGCACUCUGUACGCAUCCUGCGAUGCCUCAUAGACUGUCAAGAGGGACUGAAGGACGCCACGGCUGUUUUGAGUGCCCUAAAACUGGCUCGUUGCAUGCAGGGAAGGGUAUGGGAGAAUACUGCUAGUGAACUCCGCCAGUUGUCUGGUAUUGGUGCGGGUAUGGUCAGAAGGUUUGUGAAUGCCGAUGUGCGCAGCAUUCGGAAGUUGGCAACCCUGGAAGCCCACCAGAUCGAAACCAUACUUUCGAGGAAUCCCCCCUAUGGAACCAAGCUUCUCGAACAGGUGAAGAGGAUACCUAAUCUCAAGGUUUCUGCGCGGCUGGUUGAAAUGCAGAAAGUAAGUUCCUCUCCCACAGGUGAUCCUCCGAUGCUCAAGAUUAUGGCGGAAAUGGGACUGGAAAACCCAGAUGCCGUCUGCGGCGGACGCACUCGUACUCCGGAUGUACCGGUUAUCUUCUUGGCCGAGAGGUCAGAUGGGUUUCUCGUUGAGGUUCAUAGAAUUUUCGCUCAAUCAUUGGCAGAUGGGAAAACCUUUAGAUUCUCACUUCCACUGGAGUCCCCUGGUCAGUUCUUACGCUGCCAUGCGGCGUGUGAAAAACUCGCUGGAACUUGGAAGAGCUCUGAGCUAAAGUUUGAUAUCGAUCCGUCGCUGUUUCCCAAACCAAAGAACACGCCCAUAAAGGAGAAGCUCACCUCACCCACGGCAGACCCGAUUCUACUUUCCGAUGAUGAAUAUGGGGAUGCUGACAUCUUCGAUGAUCUCGAAUUUGACAUAUGCAACUUCACUAAUCAGUGUAGGAAGACUAACACUCUCCACGAACGAAACGCGAUGAAUACUGCUACAGCAGAUUAUUUGCAGGAGAAGGAGGAACCUAUCGAAAUGGAAACGACUGCUCCGGAACCCAUUCAACUUCCCAACGGCAAGUGGGAGUGCCGCCAUAAAUGCGCGGAUAAAACCAAAUGUAAGCACAUGUGUUGCCGAGAGGGUCUCGACAAACAACCAAAGAUACAAAAGCGAAAA